UAUUUAGAACCAAAAUAAGAGCAGAGAGUAGUGUAUCAUAUUGAAUAUCCAUUCAUCCUUUAGAUUUAUGUUAUUAUCUGACAACAUGUGUCUCCUAACCCCAAGUGACUUGCAUCGUAUUUUUGAGAAACUGGACGUGAAUAACGACGGAUUGGUGUGCCUUGAGGAGCUGAACAGGCUGCUCCAGAUGACAGGUAAUUCUUGCCAUUACAGCUUAGAAGAGUUGGAAUCUCUAGUGGAAAAGAAGAGCCUCGGUUUCAGCGAGUUUUUGUUCUUCUACAACUCUAUAUCGGAGCAGAAGAAUGGAGAGAGUAGAGGAGGUGAAGACACUGAGGAGUUGGAGAGCGAUCUGGUGAAGACUUUCAAGGUGUUUGACUUGGAUGGUGAUGGUUUCAUCACAAGCCAAGAGCUUGAGUGCGUCUUGAAGAGGCUUGGCUUGUGGGAUGGCAAGGAUUGCAGAACCAUGAUUCGGUUCUAUGACACCAAUUUGGAUGGACGCCUUGAUUUUCAGGAGUUCAAGACCAUGAUGUUGCUUACCAAAGCUUGAUCCUCAUUCAUUCUUCUCCUAAUCUAUCUCUGCUCGCAAUCUCAACAUGUCAUUCACGUCUGAAUAGAACUCUCACAAACCAAUCAUGUUAGGUGUACAUACGUAUGUUUUAAGGUUGUGUAUGUGUAUGUUAUUGAUACUCAUUCUCUCUGCUGCAUGCAUGUUUGUAAGUCUAUUGUUGUUUAGAUUAGUUAAUUAACCUAAUGGUACUAGUGCUGUUUCAAGUGAUCCAUC